AUGAUAGCCGAGAAGGUUUUUGCGAUGAUAGAGGAGGAUGUAGCGGCAUCUAAUGCGGUUGUGGCAGGUGAUGUUUCUAUUGCCUCACGAUAUGCUUACGCCUUAUUUGAUCCUGGUGCCACGCAUUCUUUUGUUUCCAUGGAAUUCGCUAAGAAACUUGAUGUGCCGCCUAAGUCGCUUGAUCAUGAUUUGCGUGUGGAUGCUCCCAUUGGGGAUUUCUUGAUUGCUGAUCAUGUAUAUAAGAGAUGUAUGCUUCGGAUUGAUGAUGUCGAGAUGCCUGUGGAUCUUGUAGAAUCAAAUAUACAGGAUUUCGAUGUCAUUUUAGGAAUGGAUUGGUUAUCAACUUAUCAUGCUACGAUUGAUUGUUAUGCCAAAAAAAUUAUUUUUCGACCUCCAAAUCAGGUUGAAUUCUUUUUCUCGGGAAAUUGUAAGGUUAUCUUUCUAGAGCUGAUUUCAGUUUUGAAGCAAGAAAGCUUUUGA